AUGGUCCGCGCCCUCCAAAGCUAUCGCGACGACUUCCACGCUGCGCUGUCCGCCAAGACCAUGACCAUAGCAGCUGCCGGCUUGAGGGAGCUUACGCUGAUGAGGAAUGACUCGACGCGAGAAGAGCUUGCCGAAUGGCUGUAUCCCCACGAUCACAGCACCAUUCACAUGGCCAAGCUCCAGGAGGCAGAGCGUGGAACAGGUAUAUGGCUGUUCGACGAGCCAUUGUUCAGAGACUGGUCUGCACGGAAAGAGAAGCUGCUUGUACUUCAGGGGAAACCCGGGUCGGGCAAGUCUGUUGUGACUUCGCUGCUAAUUGACCGGCUUCAGGAAACGGGAGCUGGCCCUGUGGUUUAUUUCCACUUUUCUCAUCAAGAAAGCGUCAGGUUUGACAACGUGUUGAGGUCAUUGAUCAAGCAGGUAAUAAUGGUCGGCGCAUCUUUAGAAGAAGUGCAGAAGUUGCGUUCCUCUCGUCGACAGCCUCUCGAGAAAGAGUUGUUGGAAAUCCUGACUAGGUUCGGCGGGUUCAUUGUGUUCGACGCCCUAGAUGAAUCGCCGUCUUUUGAGGCAAUGCUGAAGGUGAUCCGGGAGCUAGCUUCGAAAGGGGUUUCGGUCUGCGUGUCCAGCCGUAACCUGCCUGCUUUGCAUAAGCAGGUGCCUAUCUCUCUUGAAGUGGUUGCGCAAAAAGUAGACUUGCAUCUAUUCUUGGAAAUGCGAUUUGCCGAGCUGGACUUAGACAUGGGUGACCAUCUGGCAAUUGGCUUCAUCGAGACUAUUGUGGGACAAGCAGACGGGAUUUUCUUGAUCGCCCGGCUCAUCAUGGGCGGCAUCUUUGAAGCUAGCUCGAUCAAAGAAGUUCGGCAACUGCUUUCUUCUUCCUUCGACCUAGCAACUCUAUACCAAGCCACACUCGACCGUAUCCUCAAGUCAAGGCGUGCAAAGCUCGCGAGGAGAGCACUGCAGUGGGUGUCACGUUGCAGGAGGCUGCUAAACAUUGACGAAUUGCGACACGCCCUGGCCAUUGAGAUCGGCAGUCGGGACAUGGAUAUCGAGAAUUUGACACCAAUCGACAUGAUCCUCUCGUCCUCAAUGGGAUUGCUGAUCCUCAACAAUAGCAAUGUGACAAUGGUUCACCCCACCGCGUACGAGUUCUUCAGAACGAUGCCGGAGGACAACGAUAUCGGCUUGUCCUGCUUGACGUACCUUCAGUAUCAAAAACUGUCGCAACCAUGUGAAACUAUGGAAGAGCUGAUGUCACGCUUGGAUCAAUAUCAAAUUCUAGAUUACAUCGCCAAAUACUGGUACGUGCAUCUAGAGGAAGCACUCGCGGUUUCCAGGAUAUUGGCUUUUAUCCGGCACGAUGGACACCUCGCGAGUGCGACACAAGUCUUUUAUUUCCGCGCACAUCAGGACUCUGCCGCUCGACUGUAUUCCUUCGAUAGCAUCCCAAGGGGACGUACAUCUAUCCAGGCGGCUUGUGCAGCAGGGUUACUACUCACCCUUGACCAUCUUCUUGAACUUAACUCCGAUGCUGUGGCGACUGAUUCAGAGGGUUGGUCCGCCAUGCAUCUGGCAGCCUCCUACGGCCACGCGGAGGUUCUGAAGAGACUCCUGGAGGUGGAGGCCGUGAAGAAGAAAACGAUGAACUUGAAAGACAAGCAUGGUCAUACACCCCUUUUCUGGUGCUCGAUCAAGAGUCAUCUAGCUGCAGUCGCAGUUCUAGUCGACGCCGGUGCCGACUUGUCCCGGCGGGACAAGAGCGGCUGGACGGUUCUGCAUUGGACCGCUUUCAAAAACGACAAUGAAAUCCUUCAGAUACUCCUCCGAAGCAGCAAGAUAGGGGAGGUCGGCAGAGACGCACUGCGAUCUGCUGUGCUGUCAGCGACUCAUAAAAAUCAAGCGGCAUUCCAGACGCUGAUGAUGUUUUUCGAUGACGAAACAAUACGAAAGAAAGCGGCUGAUAGGAACACUCUACUUCAGAGGCAUCGCCGCAUGGAGAUCGCUUCAAACAUGUGGCGUCGUGCCAGAACUCUCGAGGUUCCAGUGCCGGUAUUCCUAGAGCAGAGUAACCUGCUUACACCCUUGUUCGCAACGAAUCUGUUCAACGAAGCUGUGGAUAUUGGACACGUGGAUUUGGUGCGUCUUCUGUUGUAUGGAGAAUGGCUCAAGGACUACGAAAACCACAACCAAUGGCGCCGUGGUCUCCUACAUGCGGCCGCGCUGAGCAACGAGCCAGCCAUUUUCUACCUUCUAAUACAAAAUGGUAUCGAGCCAAAUGAAGACAAAGACGGCCUUACACCACUGCACAUGGCAUGCAGGGCCGGAUCUCUGGAGCUUAUCGACGCGCUUCUUAGCGUCUCAAAAGCAGACGAGAAAGCGCUUUGCUAUAUAUGGCACAACUUUAAGAUCUCCGAAAACAACCACGAGGCCCAAGUCAUGGUUGCAGAGAGAUUCAUUGAAGCUGGUGCUACUAUCUCAAGCCAGACAAUGGGACAGGCCAUCUUCGCUGGCAACUUAAAGGGGCUGGAGCUUCUCUUACGAAACGGCGGAAACCUGAACCAGGCGAUACUGGAAGACCACACCGUUUACGGACGCAUGAACGAAUCCACUGAACCCUUCAAGACAUAUUUGCUGCAUUUAGUCGCCCAAGGUCACCAUGGCUGUUCCGCCAAUGUGAUGCGUAUUGAGGGCUUAGAUGACUCUGAAGAGUUCAAGAUCGAACCCCUGGGUUUGGAAAGUCUCAUAAGCCUUGGAGCUAGUGUUGACUUACAAGACAGCAGGGGAUACACUCCCCUGUUCGUGGCGUUGGAGUGUGGCAACCUUCGCGAUGCAAAUGUCCUUGCGCGACAUGCAGACCCUGCCACAUUCGCUAUCGAGAAUGAUAGCGUUCUUCAUCGCCUGGCUCGAUACAAAGAAAGUGGAUGCGUUCAUGUCAAACACGGUCCUUAUGCUUGCGUCGAGAGUACGUGUGGCUGUGUGAGUGUGCUCAAGGUCUUCAGGACUGUGAUGGAAAGAGCAGCCCCUGCCUUGAUCCACAAGGUUGCACGCGACUCGGAACCUGAGCGUCGACGUACUAGGUCCACCAUGCUGCCAUUCGAUAUAGCGGCGAGAACGCCUCGAAGUGGCACUCCGCUUCUCCUUGCUAUCAGCAAUGGAAGAUGGGAACUGGUACAGGCCUUCCUGGAAAGAGGCGCGGAAAUGCCGCUUGCGAGCGAUCUGUUACUUGACUGGACCGUUGACAGCGGCGACUAUGACGGUUUUUGUUGGUUGCUCGAAAGGGGAGCCAAGGUCGAGGGAGACUUGGUGUAUAAAACCGUCUCUCAAAUGCGUUAUGUGGACAGCGGUAGUGUCGAGUUUGAACAGAGGAAGAGGAUGUUCCUUCGUUGCUUGGAACUCGAGUCGGAUAUCGUGUCUACACAACCGUCCCGGAAAGCCGAGGUAGGACUCCACCGUGCUCUUCAUGAGGCGCUCGAGUGUGAUGCAUGGGACGAGCAGGCCUCGUUUGAUACAAUUAAGAGCUUGAUCGACAAAGGCGCGGAUUUGGCCGAGAAUAACUAUGAAGGAAAGUCGGCCCUCGUGCUUGCGCGCUGGAGGGAUACCCCGGGCUUGGUGGAAUACAUCGAAGCCGAGAUGACGAAGCAGGGACUCGAUGUGCCUGAAAAACUCCCAGUCGAUGAAGGGAGCAACGCCUCGAGAAUGUCACCUUAUCAGUCGGGCCUACCCUUCGGGUUGCCUGAUCCUACCAGGAGAAUGAUUGGCUCUUCUCGGACCGGCUCCUCUAUCUCAUUUUUAUCUGAGGACAAUAGUGAGGAUCAGGACCAGGAAGAUAAAGAACAAGAAGGCGGCACGUCGAACUACCCGCGCAUUUCUGAAUCAUUGGAAAUGUUGCUUAACCAAUAG